GCGCGUGGCCGGGGCGGCGGCGGGAGAGCGCUUAGGCGGCCUGAGGCGGCGCGGCGGAGCAGAGCAGAGCAGAGCGGAGCGGAGCGGAGCGUGGCGUGGUGCCGUGCCGGACGCGCGUGCGCGGGGACGAGCCCCUUGGCGCCCUUCUCUCCGUGUAGCCGUCGUCGCCCCGGCCGUCGCCAUGGUGAAGACCGUGGGCAGCCUGGCAGAAUUUGAGGAAGAACUGAAAUCUGCUGGUGAGAAGCUUGUUGUUGUUGAUUUCUCUGCCACAUGGUGUGGACCUUGCAAAAUGAUCAAACCCUUCUUCCACAGUUUGUGUGAGAAGUUUGCUGAUGUGGUAUUCAUCGAAAUUGAUGUGGAUGAUGCUCAGGAUGUUGCUGCACACUGUGAUGUCAAGUGCAUGCCCACAUUCCAGUUCUACAAGAAUGGAAAGAAGGUGCAGGAGUUCUCUGGGGCCAAUAAAGAGAAGCUGGAAGAGACCAUUAAACAUCUAGUCUAACUGUGGAGACUUGGGAUCAUGACUGCUUCAGCUAAAUUAUAACCUGUAACUUUUCUACUGAAAAUCUAACCAAGCUAUCUAGAACAAGUCAUGGAAACUGUCCUUUUGUUCUAUGUAAAUGAGUACAAUAAAGUGUAAAUUCUUCA